AUGGAGAAAUACUCACAAUUUCGAGAUAGAGGGUCGGGUAUCGCGCCCUUCUUGCCUAUUCCGUCUGAACCACUCGGCCUGCAAGCACCCCUCCGUGUCUUCCUCUUCUGCUUUCGCCUUCCGCUCUUCAUAUUUGUCACUCUGAGCUAUUUCUUAAUUCUACAAUGGCUUCCCAUCGGAUCGUUGGGCAAGAAAGCUGCCUUAUGGUGUAUACUUGGUGUUCCUAGUAUCUGGUGGAUUGACCUGCAAGUGGACGGAGUGCGGAAAGGGUCCUUGAAGCAACAGCAAGCCCGUCUGCCGCAGCCCGGCUCAGUUAUUGCCUCGUCCUUCACAUCGCCCAUCGACGCAGUUUAUUUGGCAGCUAUAUUUGACCCGGUCUUUACAGCUUCUUAUCCCAACACGCACCAAGUCGAACGAAUUUCCCUACUUCAGGCUGUCCUGCGAGCCUUUAAGGCUCCGUCCACGCAACCAGCUCCUGGCACGCAACUGUUGGAUCUCUCGACCCUGAUCAAGAAGUACCCAAGUCGCCCGAUCGUCUUGUUCCCAGAAUGCACCACCACUAAUGGCCGAGGCAUUUUACCUCUGAGCAAGUCGCUCCUGGGCGUUCCAUCCAAAACCAAGGUCUUCCCAAUCAGCAUAAGAUAUACCUCUCCCGAUGUUGUUACUCCCAUUCCGGGGAGCUAUGUGAGCUUCCUGUGGACGCUGCUAAGCAAGCCUACCCACUGCCUUCGCGUUCGCAUCGCGGAGUGUAUCACCAGCAGCAACGAAAUUGAUACGCCGGGUCGUUCAUCACGGAAGUCAACAUAUGACACAAAUUACCUUGACACGUUAGACCAAGACAAUCAACGUGGCGAAACUUCAGCCAACGAUAUGUUCUUGCUUGACAAUGUGGGGGAGUCUCUUGCCCGACUGGGCCGGGUCAAGCGAGUAGGCCUGGGCGUGAAAGAGAAGAUGGAGUUCUUCCAGGCUUGGACCAAAACUCGAUCAACGUGGUGA